UCCACAAUGGUGGCACCACCAGCCAACACAGAAGCCCAGAUGGUCCAGUCUCUGGGUUUUGCCAUAUACAGAGCACUGGAUUGGGGGUUGGACGAGAGUGAAGAGCGGGAGCUGAGUCCCCAGUUAGAGCAGCUCAUUGACCUCAUGGCCAACAGUGACUCCGAAGACAAUGGCUGUGCAGUCGCCGAUGAGGGUUAUGGUGGGCAAGAAGAAGAAGAGGAAACUACUGAGUGCUGUAACCUAAGAGCUGUGUCCACAUUUUCCCAAGUCAUGAAGCUGUGUGCUUCCCGCUUGACAGACUACAGAGAAGCCCAAUCUCAUUACCAGGCUGUGUGCCGGGCUCUUUUUGUGGAGACGGUGGAGCUGAAGGCUUUUCUCACCAAGAUCCGGGAGGCUAAGGAAAUGCUGCUCAAACUUCGGGAGGAUGAGUCCCAAGCAGAGAAGCCACAAGCUGACCUUGACAACCUUCGGCACAAAGACUGGGCCCGGCUGUGGGUGCAGCUGAUGCGGGAGUUACGUCAUGGUGUGAAACUCAAGAAGGUACAAGAGAAGCAGUUCAACCCCCUCCCCACCGAAUACCAGCUGACCCCCUUUGAGAUGUUGAUGCAGGAUAUCCGAGCACGAAACUACAAGCUACGAAAGGUCAUGGUUGAUGGUGAUAUCCCACCCAGGGUGAAGAAAGAUGCCCACGAGCUCAUUCUGGAUUUUAUCCGUUCCCGACCUCCACUAAAGCAGGUUUCUGAAAGAAGACUUCGGCCCUUGCCCCAGAAGCAACGAACCCUUCAUGAGAAGAUCCUGGAGGAGAUUAAGCAAGAGAGGAAGCUCCGACCUGUGCAGGGUCCUCAUUGGAACUCUAAAGGUUUUGGGUCCCUACCCUGUAUCUUCAAUGCCUGCUCCAGUGAUGUGAAGUCCACUUCCUGCAUCAACUUGUCCGUCUCGGGUGCUGGGAGCACCUCUCAGCGUCCAGCUCGGCCACGGGUCCUGCUUAAAGCCCCCACCUUAGCAGAGAUGGAAGAGAUGAAUGUUUCUGAGGAGGAAGAAUCUCCAAGUGGGGAAAUGAAGAGGACAAGCAGCCCUCUGCUGCCCCUGAAGCGGGACCGAUCCUUCUCGGAACAUGACUUGGCCCAGCUCCAGAGCGAGAUGGCCAUGGGCCUCCAGCCCGACACUGGACACCUGGGAGGAGGGGAGGAGCAGGAAUCCCGACCCCGCUCAGGUAGCAUGCACACAUGGAGGACCGACUCAACAAACCGUGGCUCAUUUCCCCUUAACUACCAGGCCCUGAUGGAAUCCACUUCCCCUGCCCACAGCUCCCUUGGCUCUAUAGAGGAAAGACCAGAGGGCAGUUCAGCCCUGGACAGUCACUCUAAACACCUGUGGCUGGAAUUCAGCCAUCCAGUGGAGAGCCUAGCUCUGACUGUAGAAGAGGUGAUCAAUGUACGCCGGGUACUGGUAAAGGCUGAGAUGGAGAAGUUCUUACAGAAUAAAGAGCUUUAUAACAGCCUGAAGAAAGGGAAGGUCUGUUGCUGCUGUAGAACCAAGUUCCCCCUGUUUUCCUGGCCAGCUACUUGUCUCUUUUGUAAAAGAGCUGUCUGCACCUCCUGUAGCAUAAAGAUAAAGAUGCCUUCUAAGAAGUUUGCACACAUUCCCGUUUACACUUUGGGCUUUGAGAGCCCUCAAAAGGCUGUGACUGCCAAAGCCAUGCUGACUCGUAGGAAAGAUGUCUUCCAAUCCCUGCAGGGGACAAAAUGGCGAAGUGUAGAAGAAGAAUUCCCUCACAUCUACGCCCAUGGUUGCAUCCUGAAGGACGUCUGUAGUGACUGUACUGGCUUUGUAGUGGAUGUCGUCUGUUCCAGCCGAAAGAGUGUGGACGUCCUCAAUACCACGCCCCGGAGGGGCCGCCAGACUCAGUCUCUCUACAUCCCUAACACCAGGACUGCCUGGGACAAGUGAUGAACUUUUCCAUUUUUCCUCUCAGCCCCUUACUCAGAUUCUCAGUCCUGGUGACUAGCAGGCCUGAGUUCCACAAGCACUCCCCCUGGGCUCUAUGAUAAGGAGGAGGCAGAGGAAAAAGGAAGAGGAGGAGAGACAUGUCUCUCCAACACUGCCCUGACCUUGUCAUCAAGCUUUCAGUGGUACUUUUCUGGGGCCCAAAUUUCGUCUCUUGGGUCAAACUGGAAUGGGGUCCAGUCAUAAGAAACCAUGCUCAUAGCCUUUCCCCCUCAGCACAGCUCCCCCACUUGCCACCACUUCUUGGGUGAA